UUUACCCCACUUAAGCUGCAGUUCUUAUGUAAUUAUUCGAUAUUAUUGUUAAUGGUUUUACAACUCUGUUGUCUUCUGACGAGGUGAAAACAUGACGAAGUCUGAUUUUGUGCUGGGCGGCGUGGCUGCAAUGGGGGCGGUGAUGUUCACCAAUCCCAUCGAUGUGGUUAAGACCCGGAUGCAGCUGCAAGGAGAGUUGGCGGCCCGGGGAACUUACGUAAAGCCCUACAGGAAUCUUCCACAGGCCAUGGUGCAGAUAGUUCGAAACGACGGUCUUUAUGCAUUGGAGAAGGGUCUUGCUCCGGCGUUGUGUUACCAGUUCUUACUUAACUCGGUCAGAUUGAGCGUUUAUUCAAACGCAUUGGAGUGGGGAUAUUUACAGAACAAGGAUGGCUCAAUAUCCUUUUACCGGGGCAUGUUCUUUGGAGCUCUGGGCGGCUGUACAGGGACCUUAUUCGCUAGUCCUUUUUACAUGAUAAAGGCACAACAACAUGCCCAGGCUGUCCAGUCAAUUGCCGUGGGCUUCCAGCACAAGCACACCUCGAUGAUUGACGCUUUUCUGCACAUCUACCGGACCAACGGCAUUUCGGGGUUCUGGCGCGGAGUCAUCCCCAGCAUGAACCGGACGCUAGUCGCCUCCAGCGCCCAGAUCGGCACUUUUCCCAAGGCAAAGGCCCUGCUAAAGGAUAAUGGAUGGGUCACCCAUCCGGUGCUCCUCUCCUUCUGUGGCGGCUUGGCCUCGGGAACCCUCGUCUCGGUGGCGAACUCUCCCUUCGACGUGGUCACCACCCGGAUGUACAACCAACCGCUGGACGAAAAGGGACGCGGCCUCACUUACCGGGGAUUGGUGGACUGUUUCACCAAGAUUCUUCGAACGGAGGGACUUCACGGAAUGUACAAGGGCUUUUGGCCCAUCUACCUGCGAACUGCCCCGCAUACGACCUUAAUAUUUGUGUUUUUUGAUAAGUUGCUUUACAUUCGCGACCUUUAUGUUUUCCCGCAAAACAAAAAUUAAAACAAAAUAAAACAUUGAUAAAAAAAAAGCU